AUGUCGCACAUGACCGCCGAUCUCGAGUACUUCAAGUGCGACAUGUGCGGGGUGUACAUGCAUCGAGACAUCUUCUGUGAUCAUCGACGGGACUGUCACGGUCUGGGUAGCACGCAGCUGAAGCGCGGUGAGUGCCAGCGGAUUGCCGAAGCGCUCGGGCGGGAGACCCGCGAGCUGCUGCUGCGAAAGGAUGGCGGUGGCAUGCGUGCGGUCUCUUCCAGUCAAGGUAGUACACAUGCUCAGACUCGCGCUGCUUGCACGACCAGGGUGACUGCUGGGGAACGCAAAGACUUAGAAGGGCAUGCUGAGCCAAUCAUGAAUGCCGAAGGAGCGGCGGCGGCGUCCUCCGGACCCGUGCCGCUCUCAUCUUCUUCUGCCGUGUCGAGCGUCCGUGCCAGCGGCGCGGUGCCAAUCAGUGCGACGUUGUCGACGAAGGCGAUGGAGGCGCUGCAGGAGGCGCGAACGCGGCGCGCCGUCUCGGAUCGCUAUCAAGCCGGUGUUGAUGCGAAGAUCAGCUCGUUGCUGACGGAGGACAAAAAGGCGGCAUUGCUAGACUUCCUGAAUUCUUGA